AUGAAUAACAAUUAUCUUUAUUCCAACCAAGGAGAGGGUGAUCUACGAAUAUUUCCAACUGGACAUGAAAAUUAUCAAGAAAAUAUGCAAGAUGUUACUGGCAUGAGCCAUCCACCUUACUCACAGAAUAAGCAAAACUUUGACUACAAAGUAAUUCAACAAGAUGGUGGGCAGUGUCCACCUCAGAAGACAAACUUAAUGAACCAAUUCCCUCACUACUAUAACGGCCCUACACAGCCUAAUGCUUACAACACAAUUAAUUCUGGACAGCCAUGGAUACCACCACUAAACCAAAAUCAAACACCUAACUACAUAAACCAAGUAUCUCCCCAUGAAGCCGCCAGUCCUGUAAGCAUGAAUCGGCCCACUUCCCCACAGGUCAUGUCCAAUACUGCUCAGGCAGGGCAAGUCAAGUACCCCAUGCUCCACUACCAAAAACCUUCACCAGCUAUGGCUGGAAGCUGCACGUCUAUGAGUACCAUAUCCAGUGCUGGAAGCUGCACCAAUGCAAGUACUAUAUCACAGGCAUCCACUGGAAGCGAAGACUCAGAUGUUGUGGAUAACUCGAGCAUGAGUGAGCUUGAAGAAUUUGCCCGUGAUGUUAAAAAGCAGAGAUAUUUGCUCGGUUUAACCCAGGAAAACGUUGGGAACGGACUAGGAGUUUUAUACAAUAAAUCAUUUAGCCAGACAACAAUUUCAAGAUUUGAGGCUGUCCAACUGUCCCUGACUAAUAUGCGGAAACUGAAACCAAUGUUGAAGAAGUUUUAUGAUGAAGUUAAAACAAAUCCAGCUAUCCUCCAAGUUGUUGAAAAGGGAGAAAAUCCGAACAACUCUGCAAAAAAAACAAAACGCACAUUCAUUGAUAAGGCGACAAAGGAAAAGUUAGAAGAGAUUUAUAACCUGGUCCAUCAUCCCAGUAAAAUGGAAAUCGGAAAAAUUUCACACGAAAGGAAGCUAAAAAUUGAAGUUGUUAAAACAUGGUUUUGCAACCGUCGCCAGAAGGAUAAAAAGGAACUGAACAAACUACUGAAAGAGGCCAUGGCACCUGGUAACUUUGCUCAACCUAUUCCAGGUCCUAACACAGGAACCUGUGCCAUGCCACCAGUGGCCGUACCGCAACCCUGCCUAAUUGAUAUGACUGGAUCAAAUCGUACUCCGUAUAUGGCAAUAAACGACUACAAUGGACAAUUCAUCCAAUAUGCCACAUAA